GAUGCAAAAGUUGACCGAGAAAUGUUGGGUUGCACCUGCACGACGCGCCACGAAGUUCAUUUUCAUGUCAUGCGUCUACGUUUCACACCACUUGGUUUGCACAGACAAGUUACAGCUGAAUGGCACCAAUUUGCGGAGAUUUUACACGUUGUUUUAUGCCUCCUUUGUGCUAUUUGUCUUGGCCAACCUGGGUGAAGAUGAUCGUCGGGCAAGCAUCAUUCAGGGCUUUAACGCUUGUUCUCGAAUGAUCAUGUCAGUCAUUUUCAUGGACACUUUGACUGCAGCUCCUGCACAGCUGGCACUCUCACUGGCCGAGACUGGUGUGCAUGCAAUGCGGCACCCGUUACCGGACACCAUUUUGUUUGCAUGGAUGCAAACAUUGGUUUGCUUUUCGAUCAUUGGAUUCUCAGCUGUUCUUGAGUAUUGGGUCACCUCCCACAUCUCGGUGUUGUUGGACACUGAAUCCAUGGUGUCCUCGUUCCGGCGGAUGCUGCGAGGAGUGAGCGAUGGUGAGGUGUUGCUGAAUGAAGAAAUGCAUGUGUGCGAAGAUGCAGACUGCUUGAAGCAUCUGCUGAUGACACAAGGCAAUUUUCAAGGCAAGCACUUUGAGCGGUUGCUGGUGCCGGAGGAAAUUUGUCGCUUCCAAGAGUUUUUGAAGCAAUCCAUGGCUGAAGAGCGGAAGCCCGAAGAGGAGAGGACCAAAACCCCACCUUGUCUGCGAAUCUCGCUGCGUGGGGCUUCAGACAUUCGGGUUGGAGUGGAUCUUUGGCAUGUUCUGAUGCCCGAGGGAGGACAGCGAAGCAAGGGCAACGCUCCCAAAUGCCAUGGCGAAAUGUCGUGUGAUCAGGGUGAUCGCGAGCCUUCAGAAUCAUCCUACAUGUCGCAGAAAUCUUGCACAUCAUUGUUGCAGAACUUCCCCGAGCAGGUGGAUAUGACCUUAUGUGUGGAUGCAACCACGCAUUGGUUUGAUGUGGAACAGGCCCAUCUGAGCUUUCAACGGCAGCCCCAGAGUUCUGAUUCCUCCAUGCCCAGUCUGCGGCGCUUGGUGCGACCCACGGAUUGGGAGACCGUGCGAUCCAAGUUGAAGACGGUGAACGCGUCCGCAGGGGCCGAGCUUCGGCUACACCUGGUGGAUGACGCCAAGCGAUCUAUGGUGGCGCAUGGACAAGUGUCCACGUACAGACCGCCCCGGGGCCAUGAAGAUGCUGGGCAGAUUCAGCAAGGGCAAAGGGAGGCCAACCAGUUCUUGUGCUUUGCUGGAGUCAUUCAUGAGGUAGCAUCCAAUCUUUCAGAUGAAGGUGGGGAUUUGAAGCGAAUUUGCGUCGAAUCUGCCAGACGCUUGUCACCUUUUGCACCACACACCAGCAAGUCGGAAGAGCAAGAAGAGAGGAAAACCCAGGUGGAAGCAGCUCUGUGGGAUGUACGUGCCAGAACAUACAAGCAUUCUAUCCAGUUCAUGGUGCACUUAGGUGGUUUGGGGGUUCUUGGGAUGCUGCAUUCACUGUAUGUGGACCCUUCCAUGCCACAGCUUGUGCAGCUCAUUUUCAUGUCAUGCGUCUACGUUUCACACCACAUGGUUUGCACAGACAAGUUGCAGCUGAACGGCACCAAUUUACGCACAUUUUACACAGUGUUUUACGCCUCCUUUGUGCUAUUUGUGUUGGCUAACCUGGGUCAAGAUGAUCGCCGGGCAAGCAUCAUUCAGGGCUUUAACGCUUGUUCUCGAAUGAUCAUGUCAGUCAUUUUCAUGGACACUUUGACUGCAGCCCCUGCACAGCUGGCACUCUCACUGGCCGAGACUGGUGUGCAUGCAAUGCGGCACCCGUUACCGGACACCAUUUUGUUUGCAUGGAUGCAAACAUUGGUUUGCUUUUCGAUCAUUGGAUUCUCAGCUGUUCUUGAGUAUUGGGUUACCUCCCACAUCUCGGUGUUGUUGGACACUGAAUCCAUGGUGUCCUCGUUCCGGCGGAUGCUGCGAGGAGUGAGCGAUGGUGAGGUGUUGCUGAAUGAAGAAAUGCAUGUGUGCGAAGAUGCAGACUGCUUGAAGCAUCUGCUGAUGACACAAGGCAAUUUUCAAGGCAAGCACUUUGAGCGGUUGCUGGUGCCGGAGGAAAUUUGUCGCUUCCAAGAGUUUUUGAAGCAAUCCAUGGCUGAAGAGCGGAAGCCCGAAGAGGAGAGGACCAAAACCCCACCUUGUCUGCGAAUCUCGCUGCGUGGGGCUUCAGACAUUCGGGUUGGAGUGGAUCUUUGGCAUGUUCUCAUGCCCGGUAGAAAAGAUGGGAUGCUGCACUUGUUGGUAUUGAGGGAGGACAGCGAGGCAAGGGCAACGCUCCCAAAUGCCAAGAUGGCAAAGUGUGGUGUGCCGCUGGGGCAGUGCAGUUCGUCCUCCACUAGCGCCAGUGAUUCGGGUGAUGGUGUAGGUGAUCAAGGUGACCGCGAGCCUUCAGAAUCAUCCUACAUGUCCCAGAAAUCUUGCACAUCCUUGUUACAGAGCUUCCCGGAGCUGGUGGAUAUGACCUUAUGCGUGGAUGCAACCACGCAUUGGUUCGAUGUGGAACAGGCCCAUCUGAGCUUUCAACGGCAGCCCCAAAGCUCCGAUUCCUCCAUGCCCAGCCUGCGGCGCUUAGUGCGCCCCACCGAGUGGGAGACUGUGCGAUCCAAGUUGAAGACGGUGAGCACGUCUGCAGGGGCCGAGCUUCGGCUACACCUGGUGGAUGACGCCAAGCGAUCUAUGGUAGCGCAGGGGCAAGCGUCCAUGUACAAACCGCCCCGCGACCAUGAAGAUGGUAUGAAGCUUUGUCUACAACUCACCGAAAUGGUAUUCGAGGACAAGGCUUCCAGGGAUUGGAACCUCGCAGCCAUCAACGAAUAA